AUGGCGCCUUCGCCCACCCAGCAAAGAAGAACACACAAUACCCUUCUAUUUCAGAAGCUGCUGAGCCUUCGGGAUGGCGCGAGUCCGUUUACGCUCGUGCUGGAUACGCUGGAGCAGAGUGGCGGGCCAAUCGUGACGGAGUUUGCGAGACGAGCAAUGAUAUCGAGGUCCAAAAUCAUCUUCAUCUCCUUCUCUACACUGCGUAAGAAGGUUCCAUAUGAGAUUGAUUUGUUCGUCUCUACAAGGGGGAAGUCGCUGGCAAAUUUGAGGAAGGAUAUUGUUGCUCUUUUACCCCCGCCACCGACUGGACCACCUCCUACAGAACACCUCCUCAUAAUCGAUAAUCUCCACACGCUCGCCAGCGCACAUAGCCAACACCUCUCAACAUUCCUGUCCUCUCUCCUCAUGGGCCCCAAAAUAUCCCUUCUAGCAACAUACCACUCCGAUAUCCCGCUCUCCAUCCCGUCUUCCACAACUCCCUACGCACCAGAUCCCCCCACAACACUCACUUAUCUCGCUACCGCUAUCCUCACCAUUUGCUCCCUUCCACAAGUCCUAGCCAGGAAACGCGCACGAGAUAAGAGCCUCCAGGAACCAGUCUUCGGGCUCCAAGAAGGAAGAGAUGGUGUCCUUGUCGGGUUGUCUCGCAAGAAAGAAGGAGAGGAUGGCGUGGUUGUCAAUAUGGAGGUUCGACGACGCUCGGGGCGGGGAGUGGUGGAGAAUUUCGUGGUAAUCCUGCCUUCCGCCACAUCAUCUUCCUCGAGUUUGAAAGGCGUGGCGUUGAGUGAUGUUAUACUCUUGGAUGAUCACCCACUUUAUUUUUCUACCCCAUCCAGUCUUGGAGCGGCUGGUGGAAGUGGCCAGGGAGAAGAGGAAGUCGAAACGACAUUCAACCUCGGCUUGACAGAGAAGCAAAAACGCGACAGAGAGGGUGUCGUCCUCCCCUACUUCGAUGCACAGAGGGAGGGUGGGGCUGCAGGUCCAGGUGAAGGAGGAAGAAUCUUAUACGAUAUGGGCGCCGAGGAUCGAGAGGAUUUCGACGAUGAAGAGGAUGAAAUCUAA